UUCCUUGCUGUCAGAUUUUCCAAUUGACAAGCGCGGUGCCGACCGAUUUCUGCCCAAGUUUUUGUGUAUUCUCUCUGCUAGAAAAUUGUGUUUUUAUAAGAAUUUCCUUAAUAAAUCUGCGAAAAAGUUAAACCAAUGCCAGAUUAACAUGGCAUACGUGUAAAAAUGUAAGUUUAUAUCUGCAAUGCAUUAAAUAUUUGGCUAUCACGACCGGAAAAAGGAGCAUCAGCAGCGCAGGCGGCAGACGGUUAACCAACCGUCUUUGGUGACAGAUCGAAAAUCGAUUUUUUCAUGCAAAGUUCAUAGAAAUUUUUCGGUACUCUCCUGCUCGUCGUUUAUAAAAGUGGUUUGUAGCAUAAUUAAAUAUUAGGUGAAAUUUCUUGUUAAAAUAAUUUUUCAACACAACGUGAAGAAUUGUAUCGGCACCCGGCUUAUAAUUUAGGAAAUAGCGUUAAGUAAAUAGUUCACAAAAACAAUUAGCGAAUAAAGCAAACAAUCAGGCCAACAAGAAUACGCGUUCCCCAACACGUCCAAAAGCGAUAUCAUUGUUUCACAGCAGCUAGUUACGUACGCUAGCAGCAUUUGCGGCUAAAUCAAUAACACAUCAUCUCAACACCCGAGCCACGCAUAACAACAAAUCAAGUCAUAGGGCAGUCAGUCAGUCGUUGCAAUUGUAAAUUUUUUUACAAAAGCAGAUAAUUUGUAUUACAAAGCAACUCCCGACGUUUAAAUUGUAUCACAAAUCAAUCAACCAUCACUAAUUUGCAACGAAAAAUGAACGUGUGAAUCAACUUCAAACCUAUUAAAAUUCAAACAACCGAAAGCAAAACCAAACCAAAAACGCAAUGAGUACCCGGCAUUACACCAUUGAGGUGGGUGAUACGAAUUUUACAAUCCUCAAUCGGUACACAAAUUUGAAACCGAUCGGUUCGGGUGCACAAGGCAUUGUAUGUGCUGCCUACGAUACUGUGACCGAGCAAAAUGUUGCCAUUAAAAAAUUAUCAAGACCAUUCCAAAAUGUUACACAUGCUAAACGGGCUUAUAGAGAGUUUAAGUUAAUGAAAUUAGUAAACCAUAAGAAUAUUAUUGGUUUACUCAAUGCAUUUACACCUCAACGUAGCUUGGAGGAGUUUCAAGAUGUUUAUCUUGUUAUGGAGCUCAUGGAUGCAAACCUAUGUCAAGUCAUACAAAUGGAUUUGGAUCAUGAUCGUAUGUCGUAUUUGCUAUAUCAGAUGUUGUGCGGCAUAAAGCACUUACACCUAGCCGGCAUAAUACAUAGAGAUUUAAAGCCAUCAAAUAUUGUGGUUAAAGCCGAUUGCACACUUAAGAUAUUAGAUUUUGGUUUGGCACGCACAGCUGGUACGACAUUCAUGAUGACACCAUAUGUGGUCACACGUUAUUAUCGUGCACCUGAAGUUAUUUUGGGCAUGGGCUAUACAGAGAAUGUGGAUAUUUGGUCUGUGGGCUGCAUAAUGGGUGAAAUGAUAAGGGGUGGUGUUCUAUUCCCUGGCACUGAUCAUAUUGAUCAAUGGAAUAAGAUUAUCGAGCAAUUGGGUACUCCGUCUACAUCAUUUAUGCAGCGUUUGCAGCCAACUGUACGUAAUUAUGUUGAAAAUCGGCCACGUUAUUCCGGUUAUUCAUUCGAUCGACUUUUCCCAGACGUACUCUUUCCAAAUGAUAAUAAUGAGCAAAGUCGACGAAAGGCAUCCGAAGCACGUGAUUUACUUAGCCGUAUGUUGGUGAUUGAUCCCGAGCAACGUAUUUCGGUGGAGCAAGCACUAUUACAUAGUUAUAUAAAUGUUUGGUAUGAUGCCGAAGAGGUAAAUGCACCAGCACCUGAACCAUAUGACCAUAGCGUCGAUGAAAGGGAACAUACCGUCGAACAAUGGAAGCGACUUAUAUACGAAGAAGUUAUGGAUUAUGAGGCACACAAUACCAAUGCGCCCGUAAAUACUACGCGGUAGACCCUGAAUUAAUUAGACAUGGCAUACUAAUGCUUCUGAGCAACUCUUAAUGUAUAUAAAAUAUAAGAACAAUAAAAGCAUUAAUACUUUCAAAUGAUAAAGUAAAAUAAA